CCUCGUUUACUUAUAUAGACACUCUAGUUUCUUCUUCUGUACACGCCACACAUCACAUUUCCAUUCUACCCAACAAGAGAUCGCGAAGGAGAGAAGAGAAAGAAUGGCGAAAUCUCCAGAAGAAGAGCACCCACACAAGGCUCUUGGUUGGGCUGCCAGAGAUAGCUCUGGAGUCCUUUCUCCUUUCCCUUUCUCCAGAAGAGAAAACAGCGAUGAUGAUGUCACUAUCAAAAUCCUUUACUGUGGAGUUUGUCAUUCUGACUUGCAUUCUUGCAAGAAUGAAUGGGGUGUUUCUCGUUACCCUCUCGUUCCUGGGCAUGAAAUUGUUGGUGUUGUGACAAAAGUUGGGAAAGCCGUGAUGAAAUUCAAAGUGGACGACAAGGUUGGUGUCGGUGUCAUGAUUAGCUCUUGCAAGAAAUGCGACUGCUGCAAGCAGGAUUUAGAGAAUUACUGCCCUCAGAUGAUGUUAACCUAUAACUCCAUUAAUCAUGACGGAACGAAAAAUUAUGGAGGUUAUUCUGAUAUGAUCGUUGUUGAUCAGCACUAUGUGCUCCACUUUCCUGACAACAUGCCCCUUGAUGCGGGUGCUCCACUGUUGUGUGCGGGGAUAACAGUAUACAGCCCAAUGAUGUAUUAUGGAAUGACUGAGGCUGGGAAGCAUUUGGGUGUAGCAGGCCUUGGUGGACUUGGGCAUGUUGCUGUGAAAAUUGGUAAGGCCAUGGGGUUGAAAGUCACCGUCAUCAGUACCUCCCCAAAGAAAGAGAGCGAAGCAAUCAAUAGUCUUGGAGCCGAUUCAUUCCUUGUUAGCACUGAUCCUGCAAAACUUAAGGCAGCCACGGGCACCAUGGAUUUCAUCAUUGACACCGUUUCUGCAGUUCAUCCCCUGCUUCCGCUACUCAGUCUUUUGAAGUUGAACGGAAAACUGAUCACCGUGGGCUUGCCUGAGAAACCUCUCGAGCUGCCUAUUUUUCCUUUAGUCUUGGGGCGGAGGCUUGUUGGGGGAAGUGACAUAGGAGGGAUCAAGGAGACGCAGGAAAUGCUUGACUUUUGCGCCAAGCACAAUAUUACUGCAGAUAUUGAGCUGAUCAAGAUGGACCAAAUCAACACAGCCAUGGAGAGGCUGGCGAAAUCUGAUGUCAGGUAUCGAUUUGUGAUCGAUGUCGGGAACUCCAAGUUGUAGGUUGGUUACAAUGCAUAGCCUGCUACGCUCUUUUAUCCCGUGGCCUAGAUAUAUAUUAGAAUGAGUUCAGUUUUAUGAUUUGCUAUAUGUUAUGGAAGUGGAUGAACAGAAAAGAUAAUUUUUGUCUUGGACUUUUAUUGGCCCUUCUGUUUGGUACUUGAGAGUACAAUUGUUGUUACCUUGUUGCCUUUAUGUUCUAUGGCAUCUUGUUCUUCGGUAUUAUGCUUUUUUUUCAAAGUCGCUAUAGACUUCUCUUGGAUCUUAAACUUGAAUCUGCUACAAGGGUUGUAUUCAAUCC